UUUGAUCUUUGGUGUGUGCAAUUUGGGGUUAUUGGGUUAUGAGGGAUGUAAUUAGCUAACAAAUUUUCUGCCAUGCUUAAAUGUUACUAUAAUUCAUGCCUUUGCUAGUUUAGUUUACUGAUACUAAUAUUAACAACAACAACUAACAUACCCGGUGUAAUCCCAAAAGUGGGGGCUGGGGAGGGUAGGAUGCACGCAGACCUUACUCCUAUCUUUGUUGGGGUAGAGAGGCUGUUUUCGGUAGAUCCUCGGCUACUGAUACUAAUAUUGAAGCUGCUUUUCUGUAAUAAAUCUGAACUUUGGUGAAAAGCUGAGUAUAAAAGCAUGAUAGAUACGUGAGACCUGAAUACGUUUUUUUAACUUUAGACAUGAGCACACCAGAAGUGCCAGACAUGAAGGGACAUUCCCUUGCAUAGCUUACUGUCGUAUGAAGUCUUAAUUCUUGUAUCUUAAACGUGGAGUGUAAAGCUCUAACAUGGGCAUGAUAUGGGUACGAAAGGCACGAGUAGAGUACAUCUGGGCAUUAGUACCAUAUAGUACAUGAAUUACUCUGAAAUUGGAAUUGUUAUACCCUUAAAACUCGCUAUUCGAUCUAGAACUUUAUCUCAUAACAUGAUUACCUAGUACUUGAUCUCAACAUCAUGACAAAAUCACAUUCUACGCACCUUAUCAGAUGAUCUCCCCCUUAGUUCAAAAGCUGACGUUUAAAGCCUGUGGAUCUCUUGAGUUAGCGAUAAGUGGUCAUCUAGUGGUUCUGUCAAUUUCCUCUAACAUACUGACGACUCAUUUCUUCGGCUUACUUUAAGCAAGUCUUACUUACUGGGAAAACUGGAUUACUUAAAUGAACGGGUUUCUAAGUACAUAACUGACAUACUAGCUUUGUCAGUCUUGAGGAAAACUCUUUUCUGAUAACCCUUAAAGGCUCUUCUUCUGUAGCUUGCUCUCUUAUUGCUUAGAUGAUUUUCUCCUUUCACUAAUUUCUAUACCUUAAAUUUAACUUAAACCCUUUGGGUUCUAACACGCCUUCGGUGUAUUCAGACAGUUACCCACUUAGUAGUGCUAACUCGACUAAGUAACUCAAAUCGUACUUCUACUAACUCUGCUGAAAAUUUCUAAUUCACUGUAUCUAUUCAAACUUACUUGCUAUGCUUCUGUUAAUCACUUGGUAGCAUCAUAUUCUCUAAUUCUUCUCUGAGUACUAAAGUGAAGCAUAAGGUUAUUUCUAACUUUUCCUCCUUAUGUGACUCUAUUCUGGGGUUGUAUACUAUCUUUCUGAACUAUAGACAUGGAUCACACUUAGGGAAAUUUCAUCUGUCUUAAACAAGGAAUUGGAUCAACUAAUCCCAAACUCUCUAUACACUUUCAAAAUUUAUAUCAUACUAUACACCAGGGAUAAAUAUUUAAUCACAUAACCUAAGAGAGAAUUGUCAUAUCUUUUAUCUCGUAGUAAUAUCUGCUUCUUUUAGUAGCUUACUAACGUCAUACUCUCUAGGUCUGAUCUGAAUAAGCUGAAAUAAUUUAAAACUAACCCUACAAAAAUUUAUAUCGUCUGCUCGUGGUUUUCUUAUCGCAUCAGUCCCUUCUUAGUCAUGUGCAUAGAUCAUAUGACAAAAAUAUAUAUAUAUAUCCUUAAAAAAAGUCGAGACUUUCUAGUAUUACAGGUGAUUGGCUCUUAGUCUAUUUCCUACUUAAAACUACCGUGGACAAUUUAUGCCUGCUGCGGUUAACUUCAUAACAUCCUACCUCGUGGGGUCUUAAAUAUGAACCAUCACCCUUAUACAGUAGCUCCAUGGUUAGAUAAUCCAAAUAAACUUAUUCUGUAAGGUAUAUAACCUAUGUAUACUGCCAUGCCGAAACUUGUUUUUAAAAGGGUAUUAUCACCUGAUAAACACACCAUGCACUAUUUGGUAAGUCUUGGGUCUCAAAUGUUCCUUCUCGCCGCUUAUGCAUUCGAUACGUUUAGAAUUCGAUGGAAAGAGAAUGUUACUUACUGCUCUAAGCUUCAUGACACGAGUUAGAAUAAUUCCUGAUGCGUCUAUCGGAGAGAAACACAUCGAUAACGACUAGCUUUACAUCUUCCUCAUCCAUUGAGACUAGGCGUAUUCGGUAGAAUGGGAAACAAACAUGAGUUCGAGUGAUUUCUGAGAACACAGCUCUAUUGCACGAUCUAGAGUUGAAAGAAGUGAGACAAUCUUAAAUGUCUUGGUGGUCAACUGUUUAUAUGUGUGGGCGCCACACACAUAUAAAAGUGACCCCACUGGACACGGUUUCAUAGACUCCCUAAGACACUUGAACCUAUGGCUCUGAUACCAAGCUUUGUCACGCCCCGAACCAUGGCCUGGGCGUAACACGGCACUCGGGCCUUGCUUGCAUGUGUCCGAGCGUACCUCAUGGCUUGCUUGUCAACAUGGGCAUCAAAACAACAUAAUCUAUAUGAUGCAAUUUAAAUGAAUCAAGAAAAUCUAAUUUGCGGAAUAAAGUCUUGAAAUUUUCUCAUAGCAUAAAAUAUCAUGAAAACAUAAUAGUCUGCAAACAUGAAAGCACAACUGACUCUGUGAACUAACAUCUGUCUAUGAAACCUCUAAAACAUGUCUGAAUACUAACUGUCAGGACAUGGCCCUGGACUACCAUAAACUGAAUACUAAUGCAGACUCCAUGUUGAACCCCGAGAGGAGUGGGGCUCACCAAUAAGCUGAUAACUGAAGUGAUCCUACUGCGUAGGUGUAUGCUCCUGAAAAUCGGUAUCUACACCGUGAAGUGCAGACCCCGGGCAAAGGGACGUUAGUACAUGGUGAAUAGUACUAGUAUGUAAAACCUGUUGAAACCUAUGUUGCUCGGACUCUCCAAAAAUGAUAUCGCACCCGUGUCGGAUCCUUCAAAAAUGCACUACUUUUGGAGGAUCCGACACGCACCCGUGUCCAUUUUUGAAGAGUCCGAGUAACAUAGGCUGAAACGAAGAACAUGGCACAACAUAGAUAUAGGACAUGAACUGAAACUGAAUGUAACUUGAACAUGAGCAUGCAACGUGAGUAAGUUGAAAACUCCAAGUUUCAAUUAUGAGUGAAGAAGGCAAGGAUAGUCAUCAUCACCAUCAUGGUCACCAUGGCCAUCAUCACCAUGAGGUACACCAAUCACCACCACCACCAGCAACUGAAUAUGGUACUUUUGGACAACCUCCUUUGCCGGUAGCCGGUUUCCCUCAACCAGUUCCUCCACCAGGGGCACUUGAACCUGCUGAAUACUAUGCUCGUGGUUAUCAAGCUGUUCCAGGUAAUAUUGAUGAGAGUGGAGCUGUGAUAGAGCCUCCCCUUCCUUGCUGCGGUAUUGGUCUUGGCUGGUUCAUGUUCAUUACUGGUUUCUUUCUUGCUGCCAUCCCUUGGUAUGUUGCUGCAUUUAUCCUGCUUGCCACCAGAGCAGUUGAUAAUCGAGAGAAACCAGGAUAUGUUUUAUGCACCAUUGCUGUUGUUCUCGCUACAAUUGCUAUCGUAUUUGGUUUAACAAAGAUUUAACCAGCAAGUGGGGAUCAAUCUGUGUGGAAUACUCAUAUGUGUGCCCGCUAGGUGGCUUGAUUAAUGCGCAUUUAUUCAGAAGAUGUCUGUACAAAAAUUGUCUAUUUUAGAUAUAUGCUUCCUAUAUUUGAUGAAACCAUCCAAAACUCAUGAUAUCGUUUGUGUAAGAUUUGCUUAUGAGAGUGACUGCUUUAAACAUGGGAAUAGUAUGCAUUUGUCCUGGGAGAAAUCAAGUAACACAGUUGUUGUAUAUUGCGCGAAAAGGCACAAAAGUUUCUUUUUAUC